AUGGACCAAAAUAAAAAUAAAACAAUGAAAAUGAACUCUCCAGAGAAAAGAAAAACCAUACGCAUUGAUCAAUUCAAGGUUUUCUUGGCCGCCUUGACCUUCUCCUACGUUUGCAAGGCCCUGGGUGGGGUUCUUAUGAAGACCACCCUCACGCAGAUAGAGAAGCGAUUUGAAAUCUCCUCCUCCACCUCGGGGUUCAUCGACGGAGGAUUCGAAUGGGGAAACUUGCUUGUCAUUGUCUUUGUAAGCUACUUUGGAUCAAAGCUCCACCGGCCGAAGCUGAUCGGAAUCGGGUCCUUAGUGAUGGGGGCGGGCAGCAUUGUGAUGGCCCUGCCCCACUUCCUCAUGGGACGCUACAGGUACUCGGCCGACUCCACCAACAGCUCCCUAAGAGGACUGCUCCCGACCUGCUCGCCGAACCAGACGGGCCCGGGCCCCGAGCCGGCGGGCGCGGGUAAGACGGGGGCCGGGGGCGCGGGCUGUGACCAGGGCUCCGAGAGUUACUAUUGGCUCUACGUCUUCUUGGGCAACAUGCUGCGAGGCGUGGGAGAGACCCCCAUCGUGCCCCUGGGGAUUUCCUACAUCGAGGACUUCUCGGAGGAGGGGAACUCUUCUAUUUACUUAGGUAUCCUGCAUGCCGUAGCAAUGGUCGGCCCCAUCUUGGGGUUCAUAAUGGGGUCUGUGUUUUCCCAAAUAUACGUGGAUGUCGGAUUCGUGGACCUGAGCUCCGUGCGCCUGAGCCCGCAGGAUGCGCGCUGGGUGGGCGCCUGGUGGCUGUGCUUCCUGGUGUCCGGGCUGCUGUCCGCGCUGUCCGCGCUGCCCUACUUCUUCCUGCCCAAGGACCCGCGCGCCGCCUGCAGCGGCUCCGCCUGCGCGCAGGGCCUCAAGGCCGCCCAGGAGCCCGCGCUGCCCGCCCGACGCCCCAGCCAGACGCCGCCCGCGCUGCGAGGCUUCCUGCUGUCCAUGAAGCGCCUGCUGUGCAACCGGCUGUACAUGCUGUUCCUGGUCACCACGGUGUUAAAGGUGAGCGCCUUGAUCGGUGCCUUCACCUACCUCUUCAAGUACAUGGAGCAGCAGUACGGCCAGCCCCCCACGCAUGCCAACUUCCUGCUGGGGGUCAUCGCCCUGCCCACCAUGGCUUCUGGGAUGUUUCUCGGAGGUUACAUCAUUAGAAGGUUCAAGCUGAGCGUGCUGGGCAUCGGGAAGCUGCUGUUUGGCACGACCCUCGUCUCCGUCCUCCUCCACAUGUUGUACUACGUCCUGCUCUGUGACAGCCCCGCGGUGGCCGGCCUCACGGUGCCCUACCACGGGUCUGUGUCACCCUGGGUCCCCAAAAAGAUCUGUCUAGAUUUACCGCUCCCCCGGUGCCGCGCGCACUGCAGCUGCUCGGAGCAGCUUUGGGAGCCGGUGUGCGGGGCGGAUGGGGUCACCUACCUGACCCCCUGCCUGGCGGGCUGCCCGGCGCCUGCGGCCAACGGCUCAGGGAGCACCGGGAGCAACUGGAGCACGGGGAGCACUGUGAGCAUCAGGAGCACCAUGAGCACCAGGAGCAUCAACAGCACCGGGAGCAUCGACAGCACCGGGAGCACCGACAGCACCGGGAGCACCGACAGCACCGGGAGCACCGACAGCACCGGGAACAUCGACAGCACUGUGAGCCCCAUGAGCACCGGGAGCACCGACAGCACUGGGAGCAUCGACAGCACUGGGAGCCCCAUGAGCACCGGGAGCACUGUGAGCACCGAGAGUACCAGGAGCACUGGCCUGUGCACCCCCAGAACCCCGGGGUCCCCUGUGCACCCCCAGAACCCCGGGGUCCCCUGUGCACCCCCAGAACCCCGGGGUCCCCUGUGCACCCCCAGAACCCCGGGGUCCCCUGUGCACCCCACGCCCAGCCCUCCCCAGGCCCAGGGGCCCCCUGUCCUGGUGUUCCAUAACUGCAGCUGCGUCGGGGCCCCGGCCUCCCCGGCCCGCCGGCGCUCGGCCCAGCUGGGCGAGUGCCCCCGGAGCGGCGCGUGCAAGGAGAGGUUUCGCGCCUACCUCGUUGUGCAGGCCCUGCAGUCCUUCUCCACGGCGCUGGGCACGCCCGCCCUCAUGCUGCUGCUCAUGAGACUUGUGGAACCUGACCUCAAAUCAUUGGCUAUGGGUUUCCAUGCACUGAGUAUACGAACGCUAGGAGGCAUCCUGGCCCCCAUCUACUUUGGAAGCCUGAUUGACAGGACCUGUGUGAAAUGGUCCAUCACUCCAUGCGGGAAGAGAGGCGUUUGCAGGAUGUACAACUCCACGUUAUUCGGAAUUACCUACUUAGGCUUAGAGUCUACCUUGAAAAUCCUAGCAGUUGUUUUUUAUGUUGUGUUGAUUUGGGCCAUGAAGAAUAAAUACAAAGACAAAGCUUCAAAGGACACGGGAAAUGGAGAAAAAGCCACGGAUGAAGCGAACGGAGAGUCUGCAAACAAUAACGGACACUUA